UCCUCAAGCAAAAUCUCACGCUCCUUGCUGCAAUUCUAAUGGACCAAGUUCAACCUCUAGCAGUGAAAGAAAUCAUGAAGGCCACUUUUGAAGUUUAUCUUAUGAUAUUGCUUGCUGGAGGGGUGGCACGGGGAUUUUCUUUAACAGAUCAAGAGAUGAUUGAGGAAGAUUUUGAGAGCCUUAAACGUGCAUUUUGCUCAUGUGGGGAAGGAUUGGUAGCGGAGGAGGUGGUUGAGAGGGAAGCUGAGGUAGUUGAAGGAGUGUUGGGAUUAAUGGGUCAGAAUACUGAACAGCUAAUUGAAGAUUUCAGCAUUGCUGCAUGCGAAGUGAGUGGAUUGGGAAUUAUGGGUGUGGGUCAAAAGGUGCCAAUGCCACCGACUACUGGAAGAUGGAAUAGAGCUGAUCCAAAUACAAUCUUGAGGGUACUAUGUCAUAGAAAUGAUAGCACUGCCAAUGGCUUUUUAAAAAGGACAUUCCAAUUAGCUAAGAGGAAAUGAAGAAAAUGAUGCUCACUUAGUCUCAGGAAAACCUCUUUCUGAUGCAGAAUUAUGUUGUGUUUGAUUGCUUUGUUUGUACUAUUUCAAGGUUCCAUUGUAGUAAAAAAGAAACUGUAGUUUGUCCCACCUUAUACUAGAGGAGCAUAAAUUGAAGACAAGGAGGAUAAUGCAUAUAUUGUAUCUAUUUGCCCUAUUGUAUCA